AUGAAUUCUGAAACAUCGUCAAAGGCUAAUUCUUUUCUGAGAUCAGUCAUUUUAAGUGAUUUUGUUGUAAGCUUAUGUUGCUUAGGAAUGUUGUUCCCGUACACACUGACACUAUGCAAAAUACUUCAAUCUCCCCUAUGCGAUUUGGUAGCAGCUUUACAACAUGCCAAUUUAAUUAUAAAGACUAUUGAAGAUGUUCGCCAAAAUAUUCAUGCAAAAUUUGCUGAACUUUUCAAGAAUGCACAGAAUUUGCUCAGUACUGUAAACGAGGAAAUGAAAAUUACGCGAAUAACGUCACGCCAAGAGCAUAGGGCAAACUACAACACAAAAGAUCUUGAAACUUAUUUUAGAAUUACUAUAAUGAUUCCACUUUUGUAUUAUUUGAUUGAUCAGCUUCAGUCGAAGUUCCAAAAUCAUAAAGCCACAUUAUCAUCUCUUAACAAUUUGAUUCCACUAAAUUUUAUUUUCUAA